AUGGCACUUUUCAUUUGGAAGGUGGUCUGGGACUGUCUGCCAACCAGAAGGAUGCUGGCCAGGAGGGGGAUAGAGGUGUCCCCGAUGUGCAUGAAUUGCCCGGAGGCGGUGGAGACUAUUAGCCAUGUGCUUUUUGAGUGCCCGCAAGUAGCUCAGAUCUGGAGGAGGGCAUCCUUCCCAGGGCUUACCUUUGGUGUGGGAGAUUUUCUACAGCAGGUGAGGAACGCCUUACGAUCGCCGAGCACUGCUGGAUGGGGUACUGCUGCUGUCUUCCUGGCAUAUUAUAUCUGGCUGGACAGGAACGCUAGAGUUUUUGAGGGGAGAAGGGCUUCUCUGAGGUCCGUUGUAGAGCGAGCUCUCUGUCAGGCAGUAGAGAUCUUGGAGGCCACUGAGGUUGAUUCAUCUGGAAUAGCUAGGGACAUCUGGGACCCCCUCUUCGCUACCACAGUGUCCGGAUUUGUCUUUAUCGCUUGGGAGCCCCCACCCCCUGGCUAUUUAAAAGUGAACUUCGAUGGAAGCUUGCCCGGCGGUGGCAAUCAGGCGGGAGUAGCUUUUGUCAUCAGAGAUCAUGGCGCUAGGCUGAUUGCAGCAGGGGGUUGCCGCUCCUUCGAGGCCUCGGCCUUUAGGGGGUUGCACAUCACUCUGGAGAGUUUUUAUGGACUCAGCAUUCUUCUGUGGUUCGCGGCUGACUGGGUCGCCUCUUUCGCUGCACAUCACUCUGGAGAGUUUUUGUGGACUCAGAAUUUUUCUGUUCCUUUUGUUUUACGUUGUUUGCUUGAUGGUGAUGUAGCUGGCAGUUCUCAUGCUAGAAUAGUGUGA